CGGGUUCCCAAUACAAGAUGGCGGAGACGGUGGGGAGGAAGAGGCGGAGGCGGAUUCCGAUCGAGCUGAGCGAAGCCUUUAUCGGGUUCCCAGCAAUCCUCUCAAAGGGCAGAUGAAGAGAGAUGUCGAGUGAAAACCACAGUACGGUCAGGGGCGACCCCCCUGCACUGGUGAUGUCCCCCACAAGCUCUUCCAACCAGGGCCAGCCCCUGUCGCCCAGCGCGGCCAAACCCACCCUUGAGCUGCCAGAUGACAUGAUCCAGGCGGGCUGGUCCAAGUGCUGGAGCAAAAGGGAAAACCGACCCUACUACUUCAACCGCUUCACAAACCAGUCUCUCUGGGAGAUGCCAGUACUGGGACAGCAUGAUGUCAUUUCGGACCCCCUGGGUUUGAACGCAGCCCCAGUGGACCCCGACCUGGACAAUGGGCAGCACAAGAGACGCCUCUCUGAGGAGAUUGCGGUGGGAGGAGCCAACAGCUUCAAGAGACCCAAGGUGGAGAUCAUGCCAGUGACCCCGACGACCCCGACAGUGCCCAUCUCCCCCAGCACCCCUGGCACCCCCCUCUCUAAGAUAUGGGGGUCCCCGACGGACGAGAAGCAGCAGCCUCUCUCUGCCGUGCCCGCACCCGCUCCCUACAGACCGACCGCGGUGUAUUGGGACCUGGACAUCCCGACCAACGCGGUGAUCAAGGAGCGCCCCCCCUCGGAUGCACUGCCCCCCCACCCCGACGUGGAGCUGCAGCGAGCCCAGCUCACACUGAAGCUGCGCAAGCACUACCUGGAGCUGUGCCAGCAGAGAGAGGGUAUUUCCCCCCCGCGGGACUCUUUUAACCGUUGGCUGCUGGAGCGGAAGGUGUUAGACAAGGGGAAGGACCCCUUCCUGCCCAGCGAUUGUGAGCCCGUCAUCUCUCCGGCCAUGUUCCGGGAGGUCAUGAACGACAUCCCCAUCAGAUUGUCACGUAUUAAAUACAGAGAAGAGGCCCGCAAGCUUCUCUUCAAAUACGCAGAGUCUGCGAAAAGAAUGAUAGAGUCCAGGAACGCCACGCCAGACAGCAGGAAGGUAGUGAAGUGGAACGUGGAGGACACCAUUAGCUGGCUGAGGAAAGACCACUCCGCCUCCAAGGAGGAUUACAUGGACCGUCUGGAGCACUUGCGGAAGCAGUGUGGCCCCCACGUGGCAGCCGUGGCCAAGGACUCAGUGGAGGGGAUCUGCAGUAAGAUCUACCACAUCUCCUGUGACUACGCACGCCGCAUCAGGGACUGCCACACUGCGCUGCUCAAGGAGUGCAACAUUUCAGAGACAGUGGAGGCCCCCGAAGUCCAGGACAGGCUGGUGUACUGCUACCCCCUGCGCCUCGCCACCCCCUCGCCGCCCCAGCCCCGCGUGGACCUGCACUUCGAGAACGACGUGGCCUGCGUGCGCUUCAAGGGAGAGAUGGUGAAGAUCAACCGCAACUACUUCAGCAAGCUGGAGCUGCUGUACCGGUACAGCUGCAUCGACGACCCACGGUUCGAGAAAUUCCUCUCCAGGGUCUGGUGCCUGAUCAAGAGAUACCAGGCGAUGUUUGGCGCAGGGGUGCAUGAAGGCACUGGCCUGCAGGGGGCACUGCCGGUGCCCGUGUUCGAGGCGCUGCACAAGCAGUUUGGAGUGAGCUUCGAGUGCUUCGCCUCCCCCCUCAACAGCUACUUCAAGCAGUUCUGCUCUGCCUUCCCAGACUGUGACGGCUACUUUGGGUCCCGAGGCCCCUUCCUGAGCUUCUCUCCAGUCAGCGGCUCCUUCGAAGCAAACCCCCCGUUCUGUGAAGAGCUGAUGGACGCCAUGGUGUCUCACUUUGAGGACCUGCUGGAGCGCUCGAGCGAGCCGCUGUCCUUCAUCGUGUUCGUCCCGGAGUGGCGCGACCCCCCCACGCCCGCGCUCACCCGCAUGGAGUCCAGCCGCUUCAAGAGGCACCAGCUCACCGUGCCGGCCUUCGAGCACGAGUACCGGAGCGGCUCCCAGCACACGUGCAAGAGGGAGGAGAUGUAUUACAAGGCAGUCCACGGCACUGCCGUCCUCUUCCUCCAGAACUCUGCCGGCUUCGCCAAGUGGGAGCCGACAGCUGAGCGGGUCCAGGAGCUGCAGGCAGCGUACCGCGUCUCCGGCCGGACCCUGACCUCCCCGGGCCUUGCGCCCGCCACCGGCACGGGGGACAAAGAGCUCGAAACGGAGCGCGAGCAGGGCACGAGCCAGGAGACCCCCCCGACCCGGGACACCACACCACCCCCCGGGGUCACGCCAGCCCCCAACCCAGCCAGCAUCUGAGAGAGGGAAAUCAGCCCGGUCAGGCAGGCCCUGUGGGGUUCAGUAGGGACCCUGUCCCUGCAGAUCUGUGCUUGUUUUUAACUGAACUGAUGAUUUUGUUCUGGCAUUUAACACAACGAGAUUCUCACAGUGCCCCCUUCAUUUGAAAUGUUCUGAUUAAGACUUUCUGUGCAUGGCUUAUCGUUUUCACCGAUAAAACCAGCUGGGCAACUUUUUACUGCUCUGUUUGGGUCGGACUCUGUCUCAUCCUGUUAUAUCCCCUCUGUACCCCAACACAUAAAAUAAUUGAGGUCGUAAGUGUUUGGGCAGCUAUGUAUGUGAACUGACAUAAUCCCGGCCCCUGUCAAGGACUGGUGUAUACAGGGAGUUGAAA